UGCUUCCCCCUCCUAUUUCUCCCCGAGUAACCCGCUCGGGGGGCGGAGUUUCACGGAAUGACGCAGUUGCAUCGUUACGUCAUGACGCAACCCCGUCAUGACGCGAAACUCCCCCCCCCCCGAGCGGAGUACAGAGGGGGAUCCAAGUUAGGAAGAGGGAAAGGCCGGCGCGAGGAGCGACUGGUGGGGCGGGCCGAAGAGCGGUAAUCGCCUCUGUGUACCGCGGACACCCGGAUCUCCAAUGUCUUACCCAUUCUUCACAGCAGUCGAGCCCUGGUGUAACCUCCAUCCACAUAAUGGGAUAUACAAGAAAGAAGCAGAGUACAUAUACAGUAUGUACUGUAUAAUAUAACGUACUGUUUAUUAUUAAAAGUUGUAUAUUAAAUGUCUUAUUGUUCAAAUAUACAUAAGAAAUGUACACGAGCAGAGAAGGUGCCAGAGACUUUUCUAGAAACUCCCUGUGCAGUUAGAAAUAACUGCCAUGAGCCCUGAGCAGGGGGGAGGAGCCUGCAACAGGCAUCAGUUGAGGAGAUUGUAGAGGUACCUGAGGAGAGCGGUACCUCAGGAGCUGAGGAGAGGAUUUUACCUCAUGUGAGAGACGGAGUUCGUGCUCUCAGGAGAGGAAACAGGUCCUGUAUGUAAAGAGACAGGACACUUGCAGCUUGAGGCAGCGGGAGAAGGAGCAGCAGUAUAGGCAGCAGUACUGACAAGUAUCAGUGACAGCCAGAAAAGUGCUCAGAGGACAAGGGUGUGGAGAGGCAUCAGCGUUCAGGUGCCUGCAUUUCCCUUCUAGAGGAGGCUGUACAGUAAGUUGUGGGAGCUACACAGCUAAUUAAUGAAGAUGACCAGUGCUGCAUAAAGGAGAGGUCUGUACGAACUCACUGCACAUCUCAGACAUCCAGACACAGAUAGUAACGGGUUGGCCGGCGGUUACCUGUUUUUACCAGCAGAAUUCAGUAGGCUUAUAACUUGUGACUGAGCCAGCACAUUGUGACAGGGUUAUACACUACUCUGCUGCACAGCCUGCAUGUAAUAUAGCCCUCCACUGACUGAGUAACUGGCUUCUAGCCACCUGUAACACAGGACAGAAGGGAUAGACAGAGCUGCACAUUACAGUAAUAUGAAAAAGAAGGGAAAACAGCUGAUCUAGUUAUUACCUGAAGUGAAGCAAAGAACUUACAGUAUACUAGGCGCUUCACAGCAACUUUAUUACAUACAUCUUAUUUCCAAAGACAAAUCCGUGGGACUACAUCAAACUACAUCAGGAGCCAUACGACAACAGUCCAUCUAACGAGGAACCUAUUUCAGUCAGGAAAGGGAGUGGAGAGCUCAUUAAAUAUACAAAUAAUAUAUAUGCAUAUAUAUGAUCUACUAACUUCAUAUCUGAGAACCAAGUACAUUGGGCAUGAUAAUUACCAGUCCAAACAUAAGUAACUGACCAAGUAUAAAUGAGCUUGACAUGUGGUAAGGAUUGUAACAACUCACAGUAUGUCUCCAUGACUGAAAAUAAUUUAGGAUGAUUUCUUUUACAAGGGGCGUGAUAUGUAUUAACUGAAGAUGUGUUGUGUUAAUGUUGUAAACGUGUAAGGGAAAAACUGUACCUGUUGUAAACUAGACAUAGCAGUAAAUUCAUGCAAUAGUUAUACAUAGAUAUAUACUUUAAACUGGUUUAACCACAUUGGAUAGCACUGAGUUACUGAGGUGACCCCUAGAUAUAUAAAUGUAGGUCGCUGUUGUGUAAUAUAAUUCUAUUGCCUUAUUUCCUCAGUCCUACCCAAAUUUAAAGGAUUGUACCCACAUUGUGUUGAAAGCUGUAUCUAUCUUUCACUUACUGAGGGUUUCAUGUGGGUACGGUGAACCAGGGGAGUCGUAACCAAAAGACAUUAAUAAAUCUAUUCAUGAAAAUACAGGAGAGAUUGCAAGUGGUUAUCUAUGUAACAAUAUAUGUUAAAUGAAAUAUACAUAGUAUCUUGGCAUUAAUGUAAACAAUAUUCAUAGUUGGGUUUUCCCAAGUAGGCCCCAUGAAAUAUAAAUACUUGGGUGGAGGCACUUCAUUUUAAAGGUAGCUCAUUUGUUAAAUUUGUAACUCAUUAGCCUGGUUAUAUGAAGAAUGGGUUACAUAUGGAGGCGCACUGCUGAGAUAUAGCAAAAUCUCAAUAACUGUUUACCAUCCAGGUGUCAGCAGCCAUUAUCCACAGUUAUUUUGUGUAGUUAAUUUUCAAAUUUCACAUCAUGGGAAAGACAAAAAAGAACAGGGAGGAGCGCAGUAUAACAACUUUAGCUGCCACAAUUGGGGGUGCUGGAACCUAUAACAAACAAGCAGACAAUAAGGUACAAUACGUAGAUGAAGGGGAUGUGCUGAAACAUGGGGAAAAAUCUAUUUUACAUUUUAAAGGAAGAAAAGAUGAGAGAGAUUCCCCCGUUGUCACAGUAGUGACUGACAAGAGAAAUAAAAGAUCAAAGGGCAAGAAAUUAAAAUUUAAACUUAACGAAGAUAGUGAUGGAAGUGUUAGUGAGGAAUUUUUCGAAACCAUCACUAACAAGGAUGACAAAGUAUCAGAGUAUCAGACAGUACUCCCACCAGAUGAGAGGGAACCCAUGGGAGCAGAUAUUGUGACAGAAGUCAGUGUGAAAGGAAAAGAGGAUACAAUUAUAGUAAAGAAGAAAGAGAAAAAGAAUAACAGAGAAGUGAAAAGAGAAGAAGUGAGAUAUAAACUGGACAACAACAAUAGUGAUACAAGUGUCAUGGAAGAAAUAGCUAAUCCUAUGGUUAAUAGUAAAAUUGGAGAAGAAACAGAAGAAAGGGUAGCUCAACAACAGGAAGAAAGAGUUCUAAAGUAUAUAAAGGCUCCUGCACCAUUUGACUUGAAGAGAAAAGAUGAUGGUAGGGACACUAAGAAGAAAGAUAACAACAGGACAAAUAGUGUCCCUAGUUCUGUUAUUGUAAUGUCUAUUCAUGACACGUUGGAAGAGCCAGAGAAGGAGGUUACGAGUAAAAAGGAAGUGAAGUUGAAGGAAAUGGACAAAGACACUAGAGACAAGAAAAUUAUUGAAGCUAUGGAAAUAAUAUACAUGGACAUGAGAGAACAUGAAGAGCUAUUAAGGGAUAGACCAAAUGAUGUAAGGUACAUGGCAGAGCUAAUGGAACACAUAGCAGGUAUAUGGUUAAACCAUAUUAAAUGGCUUACCACUCUUCUUCAGGAAGAAGUAAAAAGGAAUAGAAGAUCUGAUGGGACUGAACUGCAAAAGAAACUUGAUGAAGUUCAGAGGAAUAACUGUCAAUUUAUAGAACAAAAUAAAGAACUGCAUAGGGAGAUUUGUGGGUUAAAGCAAGACCUGAAAAUCUUGCUCCAAAGGCAGAUAGAGGAAGAUGCACAUCAUAAGCAGAGAUUUCAGCAAGAAGAGAAAAGGAUGCACUCUUUGGAAUCUCAAGUGACAGAGAUGUCCAAACUUUUAGGAGCAGCUGAAACAACCCAACACCAGGACAAGAUUACUAUUAAACAACUGCAAAACCAACUAGUGCAGCUAGAGACAGAGUACAAAACCAUUGCUGCUACUACUACUACAUCCAUAACUAAAGACACUGAAGAAAUGGCACUCCCACAUAAAGUCUUGGCUGAUACCCUGAAUGUGAGAAUAAAUGAUAGAAGGAAUGAAUUGGGGGAGAUAAAAAGUACCACCCCGAAGAUAGUGGGUACAGUUAUAUGGUUUCAUGUAAGAAAAGGCUAUGGUUUCCUGAAAAGGCAUGACACCAAAGGUGAUGUGUUUGUCCACUGGACUGCUAUCAUAAGAAAUAACCCCUUGAAGCGUCUGCACAGUGUUGAAGUCGGCGAAUGUGUAGAGUUUGAUGUAGUGGAAGGAGAAAAGGGAGCGCGAGCAGCCAAUGUGACUGGCCCUUGUGGGGUACCAGUGAAGGGAAGCCAUUUUGCGCCAAAUCGACAUUUUUGUUGCAAUUGUGUCUGUCAUUCAAAAAAGAGAGAAGUUGGGGGAGGGCAACAUGUAGAUGUCAAUCAAAACAAUGAAGAUGAGAAGAAAAAUAAAACAUCCUUUUCUAUGAGACAAAUGUGGCAUAGAAGUACAGUUCCAUUACAUUACCAACAUCAUUUCAGAGGGAAAAACAAAACAAACCGGGCAGCAGAUCCUCCUGAUGGAGAUUUAGAGCAAGAGAAACCAACACAUUACAAAUCUUCACCACAGCAAGAAAACUCUCAAACUUAUUUUCCACGAAUACUUCAGCUACUACCUCCGCAAUAUCCCAUCCUGAGUAAAGUCCAAGAAGAAUCUAAUAGCUCAGGGGUAGAAGGAAAAGAUGGACUGGUACAACAGGAUUCUCUCCAGAAAUAAAUAAUAGUAGAGGAU